GCGCGGCCUGUGGAUGGGCGGUGAGCGCAGCGGCGUCCGGAGCAACAAGAUGGCGGCUGCUGGGCCGGCUCCGCGGCGCGUGGGCUUCGUGGGCGCGGGCCGCAUGGCGGGGGCCAUCGCGCAGGGCCUCAUCAGAGCAGGAAAAGUGGAAGCUCAGCACAUACUGGCGAGUGCACCAACAGACAGGAACCUAUGUCACUUCCAAGCUCUGGGUUGCCGGACCACACACUCCAACCAGGAGGUGCUGCAGAGCUGCCUGCUCGUCAUCUUUGCCACUAAGCCCCAUGUCCUGCCAGCUGUCCUGGCAGAGGUGGCUCCUGUGGUCACCACUGAACACAUCUUGGUGUCCGUGGCUGCUGGGGUGUCCCUGAACACCCUGGAGGAGCUGCUGCCCCCAAACACACGGGUGCUGCGGGUCUUGCCCAACCUGCCCUGUGUGGUCCAGGAAGGGGCCAUAGUGAUGGCGCGGGGCCGCCACGUGGGGAGCAGCGAGACCAAGCUCCUGCAGCAUCUGCUUGAGGCCUGUGGGCGGUGUGAGGAGGUGCCUGAAGCCUACGUCGACAUCCACACUGGCCUCAGUGGCAGUGGCGUGGCCUUCGUGUGUGCAUUCUCCGAGGCCCUGGCCGAAGGAGCCGUCAAGAUGGGCAUGCCCAGCAGCCUGGCCCACCGCAUCGCUGCCCAGACCCUGCUUGUGAGUGAGGGUGUCCCCUGGGGAACAUCGGGAAGGCCCAAGCCUGUACCACUUCCAGUGAGCAGGGAAACAGCAGGCUCGAGAAGCUGGGGCCAAGGUUGGGGGUUGCAACGAGGGCAGGCCGCACAGUGGGGACCACGCCACCUCCCCCAGUCACCAGGCCCUAACGCUCUCCUCAGGGGACGGCCAAGAUGCUGCUGCACGAGGGCCAACACCCAGCCCAGCUGCGCUCAGACGUGUGCACCCCGGGUGGCACCACCAUCUAUGGGCUGCACGCCCUGGAGCAGGGCGGGCUGCGAGCAGCCACCAUGAGCGCCGUGGAGGCAGCCACCUGCCGGGCCAAGGAGCUCGGCAGAAAGUAGGCUGGGCUCUGGCCAUCCUUUCCUGCCUUUGUGCCCCUGCCUCUCCCUGCGCCCCUUCCCCUGAGGACUGCGGCUCCCUCCCUCCUGCGUGAGGGUCUCCUACCUCUCCUUCUCCCCGUGCACAGGGAAAUGCAGGGGGCAGGACUUGAGAGGUUCCAGCAGGCGGGGGAGCCCCGACCAGUGGGGACACUCCUCCCUCCCCAGUGAGCAGAAGGCACCGUGGUGGUGGCUCUGCCCCUUGCUGCAGUGAGCCCGCCUUGCUGCGACAUUGGUUCUGAGGGGCCCAAGAGAUGGCGUCUUAGUCAGUUGCCCGCAUGGUUGGGCUCUUGGUCGAGGCUAUGAACAGAACUUACGGUAACAGGCACGGCUGGCCCAAUGUCUGGUCUGGAGCCGGGGCUUGCCUUUGGCUUUCCAGGUGGCUCCAUGCAGCUACAGCCAGGCCAGCUGCCUCAUCUCAGCUCUAGGGGGCACGAGCCAUGUGGGGUCUGCACAAGAGACCCUCUCCCCUGCAGUAAAGCCAGGGGCCCUGGCCUGCUGUGGUGGGGCCCCCAUGGGGAGCUGGAGCCUGCCCUGCAGCCUGGAGAAGAGGGUGGCUGUGGUGGGCAUGCUCAUCCCCUGCUAAGGAGGAACUGCUGGGCCAGGUCUGCAGCAGUGCUGGGGUGGCACCAGGUGGGCAGUGGUAGGUGGGGCAGCUUGAGGUCUGGGAGGGUGGCCCUGGCCAGCCAGGACAAAUGCAGACCCCUGGCUUUAGUUUAGAUACAGGCUGCCUCUUUCCUUCCUAUCCUAAGCUCCUGUCAAGUGGCCAGGUGGCUCUAGGCCCUCCUGCCCCUCGCCUAGGUCAGGGGUCCUGGAAGGCCCUGUGGCUCUGGCACCACCACACUGGCCUCUGACAGCAAGACUUGGCCCCUCCACCUGUCCCUAACGGACAGCAGGUCAGGAAAGCCAGGACUUAGGGGAGAAGCAAACCCCCAGGAUUGAAGGCUAGGGUUCUAGGGCCUUUGGGUUGGGAGGGCCCAGGCCAGACAGCCUCAGCUCCGUCCCCUGCCCCACAAGAUUCACCUGGGCCUCCAGUCCCACGCUGGCCCCAACUGCUGCAGCUCUCGGCUUCCACCCAACAGCCUCGAGGUGAGGUGGGAGCAUGCCCUCAGCGAGGCUGCGCAGCGGGUCCUGCUGUGGCAUCUCCCUGUGUGCCUGGGCAGAUCAAUCCCCCAGUGCAAAACAGGGCUAAGGGCACCUGCAGGACAGCAGCACGCUCCAUCUCUCAUGCUCAGCUGCCUCUGCGGCCACAGACUGCUGCCCUCCACCUGCUCUCUCCUACUCCCCCGAACCUAGCCCGUCCGUAAGCUCCCUCCCCCGCCGGUUCCCAGGGCAGGCUGACUCAGUCCACUGCUUGGUCCAAGCCUGGCCCUGGCACUUUUCAGGGUCAGCCUAAGGAGAUGGGAAUAAAGAGGCUGGAGAGCA